ACACCGACAAGACCUAUAAAAAUCAACCAGAGCUCUGAUAAUGUUCAAAUAAAACUGGUCCUUCGAGAAGAAGACUUCUUGGUUUAAAUCGUAAGCGUAUAAUUUGGUAAAUUUUUUGAAGUAUUGUAAUAGCGCAAUAUAAAAAUGAAAAUUCAAACAGUAAUUUUUUUGAGUUUCGUAACGUUUUGUGGUUUUAUUUUGAAUGAAGCUGCGGCAUACGAUAGUGUUCCGCAAUCUAUACGAGAUGUUUUGUCGCCGAAAAUCGACUGUUUUUCCGGAAGAAAACCCUGUGACGGUGUAGCAGAAUCAAUUAAGAAUGCAUUACCCGAUUUUUUUACAAACCAAACGGGCAAGUACAAUUUCAAUAAAAGAAUUGAAAUAGAAACAAUCUUACGUAAUAUACAAGUAUUUUUCCCAUAUGAUUGGGAACUUAUUAAAGAAAAUUUCGAAAGACAAUUUCCAAUCGCCGCAGCUAAAAGUUCAACUGGAAAUGGACAGGAAAGAUCAUACUUCGACAGAGUUUUAACUGACAAAUUAUUUGCUGACUACGUCAGUGAUGAUUUUACCCGCGAAGUCACCAACUGUUUUUUGAAUGACAAAUGUAACAACGCAGUAGACACCUUCAAGAUAAAAUUAUACGAAAUGGUGGCGUAUGGAAAAUGUAAUGAAUGCAACGAGCACACUAUGGAAUGGCUGAACAGUAUCAAGAACAAAUUAGAAUCUGAUUACCCAGAGGAUUUGAAGACAGCAAUAAUUACCAAAGAAAAGUCGUACUUUCAACUUAAGAGAGAAAAGCGCGUUUUUCAAUGCUUGGAAUUUCCUGAACAAAGUGCUAUUGACUGCAUACAAGCCAACUAUUACGGAGUCUAAACAAUCCGCACUUUUUAUGAAACUGGAAUUAUUGGUACUUUAAAUAAAUAAGUUUUUUUUUAUUUCAAUAACUACUUUGUACACAAUCACCUAUUAUGGAAAAAAAUUAAUAAAGACAAGAAAAAUAUAAA